AGAUUCUAAACAACAAUGUAGAGCAAUCUCCUCCGACACAAGUCAUGGAAAGAUCCACAAACAACACAACAACAACAACAACGACCUCGAGCCCUAAUACACCUCCUUACAGAAUCCCUUCACAUGUUUUCGCCAGAACAACCUCUACAGCUCCAGAAUGGAGCACUAUGUCCAAUGAAUCUCUUUUCAGCAUCCAUAUGGGUAACAAUAGCUUCACGGGUGGAGAUUACUUCAAAUCUGGCGAGCUCACGUUUCCUCAGCCUCCUUCACCAAUAACUCCUCCUUUGCCUUCUCCUUUACCAUCCCCUCCCCACAACGUGAACCAAGGAGGAGGCUUGGCGGAGGCCAAAACUCCGGUGGAUAUAGGCAAAAAAGCAGCUGAAACAGAUAAAGCUUACCGCGCAAGUAAAGAAGACGAGCAAAAAGCUGCAGCAAGUAUAAGAGAGGUUAUCAUGGCUAAUGAAGCAGCUAACAAAGACAACAACAAUACCAAAACCAAUAAACUGGAUCGUUCUGUUUCUCGUCGCUCAGAAGAUUUAAGCCUCAAGUCUUUCGCUUUUCCAGUAUUGGGGAAUGCAGACAAAGGCGGGUUACAAGGUUCCACGCCUCAAAAGAAACAGGAGAAACCUUCCCAGCCAGAGACACCGAAGAUUUCGACUGAUACUGAAAGAGAUGAAGGAUUGAAGAAAGAGGAAGCUCCUAAAUCACUAGCUCCUAAAGCAGAAGCGGAACGUGCCUCUAAUCGCAACCCCAAAUGGCUCUCUUGCUUCCCUUGUUGCACAACCUUCUGUGUCUAAUGGAAACAUUCUUUGAGAGGAUUGUGUUUGAUUUGUUUACCAUCUUUAAGUUUGAUAGAGAAAUUGUUUUCUUCUUCUUGGUAUUAUAGAAUUUUGCUCCAAGAUUUACAAAGUCCUUUUAACGUUUGUAUUUAAUCUUGUGAAGUAAACAAUUACGAUUUCG